GAGUGUUGAAUAUUAUAUAUGUUGUGGACGGCAACAGGAUGGCAUAGAAAAGUAGUAAUAAAGUGAUCAACUCGAAGCGCGAUUGGAAGCCAAACUGAAAUGAUGGCACGACAUAAUGAGGAAACUAUCGACACAAUCAGCACCAACGAUCUGCCGGAGCAUUUCGUUAAUCGGUCUGUUCCGGUACUGUUCACUUCGCAGCGAGGACUACAAAUUAGGAAAUUCCACUCGAUUCUGCACACCGGUCAAGCAUGCUAUGCCGUGCAAUUCUGUGAUCUAGAACGAUGGAGUAACCAUUUCAAACUAUCCUCGGUGGGUCUAACACCGGAUAGUGGCAAAUGCGAGUCCACCGCCAGUACAAAAUCGAACGUGCUGAAAUAUGUUAGACAAUCACCUCAAAAUCAAUCCAAUCGAGAUUACGGGUAGAACAGCUGCCAGCAGCCAGCCAUGCAAAUAUCAUCAGGUGCGAGACGCGAUCGAAUAAUUAAUUGC